GUCAAGCUAAAGGCAGUUGUUGGGUUCCUAACAGGACACAGCGUCUUGCAAACAUAUGCGAAGAGCUGUGUAUACAGAUGGCAGGGAGAAUAAUGGAGAGGGCUCCUUGUAUAAAGCUCUAGAUGCUGCGCUGCUGUCUUCAGAGCAGCCACACAAGACUGGGGCCAGCCUGCGCCUGGGAUUGUUUGUUACCGUUUUAAUCCUAUUAAUUAAAACGUUAACCUGAUUGGGUAGAAAGCUGUGUCCCAACAGGCGAGUCCUCUCCAUAAUAACCUACUCAGAGAUAAUGAUGUAAAGACUCCCCCGUCUGAGGCUGAAGCUGCUGAUGCUUGAUGGCUCCAGAAAUCUCUUGAAGGUGAAUCCAAGCAAGAUAAACGGCGCAGGAGCUCUUCAUGUGAGAAUGUCUGAGCAGAUGACACCAGGCUGGAGCUGAGGACCACCAACCUUCUGAGACCUUCUUACUGAUCCAGCACCAGUCAACCCGAGACCGGCACAGAAGAAGGACAAGCCAUCGCUCCAGUCUUCGCCUCCUUGAAGUUCUCCAGACCAGGGGCAUGGAGAGGGCGCUAAACCUGGCAGAAGAAGACUUGUUCCACAAGAGUCUCAGCGCUAAGAGGAUGGAGUCUGCCUUCAGAUCAGCCCCGGGUCUGGACUUGUCCCAGCCAGGAGAUCGCUCUCCACUGCACUGCUAUGAUGGUCCGGACCCCUCAGACCUCCUGCGCCACCACCACACCUCUGCUCUGCCAUCGGGGGCAGCGGGGGACCCCUUAGCGCUGGCAGCUGCCAGCAUGUGCGCCAAGUACGGGGCAGAAGGCGCGGGCAGGGGGAUGUCCUCGGUGGCGGAAAGCAGCGGAGGAGAAGACCAAAGCCCGGACGAUGACAGUGACGGCCGCUGCGAGCUGGUGCUCAGGCCGGGGGACCAUAGAUCCUCCCAGCCUGGGAUGAAGUCCGAUGCGCCGCUUGGACCUGGAGGAGGUAAGAAGUCGAAGGAGCAGCGAGCCCUGAGGCUGAACAUUAACGCCAGGGAGAGGAGACGCAUGCACGAUCUGAACGAUGCCCUGGACGAGCUGCGAGCUGUCAUUCCUUAUGCCCAUAGCCCCUCGGUCAGGAAGCUCUCCAAGAUAGCCACCCUACUCCUGGCUAAGAACUACAUCCUCAUGCAAGCCCAGGCGCUGGAAGAGAUGAGAAGACUGGUGGCUUAUCUCAACCAAGGCCAGGCCAUCUCUGCUGCCUCCAUCCCCAACUCUGCUGCUGCCGCCGCCGCUGCUGUUGCCCUUCAUCCUGCACUUGGGGCUUACGAGCAAGCGGCUGCCAGCGCAGGCUACCCCUUCAGCACCGUGGCCAGUUCCUGCCCGGAUAAAUGUGCCCUAUUCAACAGCGUGUCCUCCAGUCUGUGCAAACAGUGUACUGACAAGCCUUAACAGCAAGAAAAGCCUAGUAGCUGAGCUGAUACCGCCUGGUGCCCAGGACUUGGUGCCACCUAGACCAGGGACAACUAGGUGACACAGUAGGCACUGGAAAGAAGAAGAACUUCUGAGGCUUCUCCAUUGUGACCUUCUCUGCCAGUCCUGUUACAUUGGUUCCUAUUCUGAUACCUGAUUUCAUUGUAUUUCACUACAAGAACGGUAACCAGACAAGAAAAAGAAAAGUUAUAAUGGUCUCUGAUCCACUUCUUGUUCUAGGUACUUGUGGCCAAUGACAUCAGUCUGUGUGGAAUUAUCGCAUCAUGUUCCCCCUCCAAAAAAAAACAAAAACAAAAAAAACGCUGCUCAUGUUGAUGAACUCUUAAUAAUAAUAUUAUUGCUAUUAUUAGAGAUCAUAAUCGUUUAAGACUUAAAUAAUAAAAACAAGGCACUUGAAUUUGAUGAUUCUGAGCCAGGAAAACACUUGAAAUAUAGACUUAUUUAAUUACAAAGACUUCUUAACAUUGCAAGGAUAGAAAUCAUUUGUAUUUUUUAUUGUGUCUGAACUUUGUAGGACGUCGCUCCAGAUUUUGUUGGGGAUGUCAAUGGCUUGCAAGAGUUGGGGAUGUCAAUGGCUUGCAAGAAAUAAUAGUAAUACCUGUUGGGAGUGAAAGUUUAGGGUUUUUUUUUUUACACAAUUCUGUGCACCUUGUUAACUCCAUAUGGAAUGUUGUGUGAGGAAAAGUGGGUCCUUCAUGUGUUACAUUUCAGUAUUUCUUUAUUUAUCUUGUGUUACAAGUGGAAGAAAGUGACAUGAAUUUUCCUGUUUAAAAAAAUUUAUUUUACCUUUUGAUUAAUUUAUAUACUUUGUGCCAAGUGUUUCAAAGCUUAAUAGACAAGAACGUAUAUGAGAAUCUCAAUGUCUCUGAGCUCAAUGAAAUAAAAAAAAAGGUCAUUUUGAUUUAAAGUUGCUACAUCAUUGUAUUUACACUGAGCUUUAAUAAAUGGCCUCAGUCCAAAAAUGCAAGAGAAUGUGUAUUC